AUGCUCCCGUCUGUCUGUCUGUCCAUCUGUCUGUCCCUCGCUCGCCUCCCCCCUCCCUCCUUAACUACAGACCUUGUAAAACCCCACGCUGGCGCCUGGAGUCCUUGUCUGGCUCGCGCCGGGGCCGGCGUCGGUGCAGCCACCGCGGCGGGCGAGAGGGGCCGGGAGCUGCCCCCGCUCUCCGGAUACCCGGCGCAGCAGUACCUCCAGGGUGGGCAGUAUGCUGCGGCCGGUGCCCAGUACACCCCCAGCACCGCCCAGCCCUCCGCUCCGUCCCCCUCCUACCCCGGCCACAGGCUGCAGCAGGGCAUGGGCCAGUACUUCUCUGCCUCGGGCAACGCCGGGCCCUAUUACAAGCCGGGCCGGUCGCUGCCGGGGUACCCCAGCUCGCCACUGGCCGGGAACCCCACGCCGCCCAUGACGCCGGGCAGCGGCAUCCCCCCCUACGCGUCCCCGGGUCAGGACGUCAAGUCGCCCUUCCUGCCAGACAUGAAGCCCAGCAUCACCUCCCUGCACCCGUCCCCCUCGGGGCCGGCCCCCGGGGAGGAGCUGCGGCUGACCUUCCCGGUGCGGGACGGCGUGGUGCUGGAGCCCUUCCGCCUGCAGCACAACCUGGCCGUCAGCAACCACGUCUUCCAGCUGCGCGACUCCGUCUACAAGACCCUGAUGAUGAGGCCCGACCUGGAGCUGCAGUUCAAGUGCUACCACCACGAGGACCGGCAGAUGAACACCAACUGGCCGGCCUCCGUGCAGGUGAGCGUCAACGCCACGCCGCUCACCAUCGAGCGCGGCGACAACAAGACCUCCCACAAGCCGCUCUACCUGAAGCACGUCUGCCAGCCCGGCCGGAACACCAUCCAGAUCACCGUCACCGCCUGCUGCUGCUCCCACCUCUUCGUCCUGCAGCUGGUGCACCGGCCCUCGGUGCGCUCGGGGCUGCAGGCCCGAGGUGGGGAGCGCUCUGCAGCCGCCGGCCUGGCCGGGAUCCGCCUCCCGCGGGGGUCCCUGGGCCGCGAGCAGCGGAGGGGAGCGGGGUCCCCGGGCGGCGGCCGCUCUUCGCCCCAGCCUGACUAA